CUCUUCCCCGCGAAGCUCCAUCAGGCUGAAGCCAACAGGCGUUGUUUCUAUCUGGCUUGCUCCGAUUUCCGAUCACCGUGGAUGGACCAUUGAUCUCCAUUUACCCCACACACACCAUCCAGGAUGACCGCCCGUUUGGUCUUGGUCAUUGGUGACCUAUUCAUCCCUGACCGAGCUCCUGAUCUUCCAGCCAAGUUCCGCAAACUCCUGACCCCUGGCAAGAUCGGCCAGACCCUUUGUCUGGGCAACCUGACUGACCGCGAGACCUAUGAUUUCCUCCGCGAGGUAGCCCCAGACCUGCAGAUGGUCAAAGGCGACUACGAUGUCGACUCUCCCAACCUCCCACUCUCCAAGAUCGUGAACCAUGGCAGUCUACGAAUUGGUUUCACUCAUGGCCACACCAUCGUGCCACCCGCCGACGCCGACGCAUUGCUUAUCGCGGCCCGCCAAAUGGAUGUCGAUGUCCUACUAUGGGGUGGCACCCACCGCUUCGAGGCAUUUGAGAUGGAGGGACGGUUCUUUAUCAACCCGGGAAGCGCAACGGGUGCCAUGAGCUCCGGCUUCUGGCCAGAUGGCGAGGAGCCUACACCCAGUUUCUGUCUGAUGGACAUCCAAGGUGAUGUCCUUGUGUUGUAUGUCUAUCAGCUGAAGACCGAUGCCAAUGGGGUGGAAAAUGUGGCUGUUGAGAAGGUCUCCUUCCGCAAGAACCACCCCCCGGCCUCGUAA